AUGUUUGAGCAAGAGGGUUGCAACAGAGAUGAUUGGACCUUCAUCAGUGAUAGGAUGGGGGGAGUUGAGUUGGCAGUUAGAGAAACAUUUCCUAUAGAAACUAGGAGAGUUUACUGCCAACACUUGUACAUGAAUUGUAAGAACAAUGGUUUUAGAAGAUCCGCAUUCUUCAAACUCUUUUGGAUAGCUGCUGCUGCAUACAAUGAGUACAUGUAUGGUAAGGCAAUGGAGAAGAUCACUGAUCAUGAUCCAAAUGCUGUUGCAUACUUGGACACAUGCCUUGAGCAGUGGUCAAGGCAUAAGUUUGAUCCUACUGUUUGUUGUGAUCAUAACACAACAAAUUUCGUGGAGUCAUUCAAUGCAUGCACAAAGCCAUACAGAGACAUGCAUGUCUUCUCUCUAUUGGAAGGGAUAACUCCUCAAAGAACAAUCAUGCAUUCCCCUGUUUUCUGUUUAACGAGAAGUUGGUGUAUGUCGAGGAUAGGGGCUAGGUUUAACAAGGCAGUUGAUAUGGAGGGUGGUCAACUGACUAAAUAUGCAUUAAAAAAGUUGGAGAAAAAAAAAACACAGUCCAGGUUCUGCUAUGCCACAACCUGUGGAGGGGGUGAAUUUGAGGUUAGGGAUGGACAUGCCAACUUCCCAAUUAGGCUAUCAACAAGAAGCUGUGGGUGUGGAAAGUGGCAGAUUUAUGGAAUCCCCUGCAAUCAUGCACUGAGGGUGAUAUACAACCAACGGAUGAACCCCAAUGAUUAUAUCUCCCCAUUCUUCAAGUCUGUUGCAUACAAGCUCACUUAUGCAGACCACAUUGAUCCCAUGUUAGAUCCAACUCAGUGGCCUGACUUUGGCCUCCUUAUCAUUCAGCCUCCAAUCAUCAAAAGACCAGCUGGCAGAUGA